CCUUGAAAUCUCGUUCCGCCAACAAAAGAACGGUUUCAUAUUUCCCGAAACACGUGGGUCAACAUCUACACGGUUCUGCGUCCGCAGUCGCUGUUCAUUUUAGCGAGUGCCGCUAGGAUUUAAUUACCCGUUUUGCUCAACGGUACAUCGAAAUUUAGCAUAGCUGGGCGCGCGUUCGAAUACUUACUGUCAACAGUUUUUCAUUGUGCCAAAACAUGUAACGUGACAGUGAUAUGCUACUGUUCAGGAGAAAGAAGUAAAAUAGAUAGUUGCGGUAAGAGUCAGCCCAAUCGGUUCCGAUUACUGUUGGACCAGAUUGGCAGUGGAGAUAUAUCACAAGACACAGUAACAGUGGAAACGGACAACGCGGCGUAACAAGGAGAAGGUGCCUUCGAACCAAGUCCCUAAAGCACAUUAGUGCGCUGCCUGUACAGAAACAAAAUGACAGAUUCUAAUCAAGCAGAGUCUUUUUGUGUGGACGGAGACAUUAAGUACACAGCUGGAAACGUUGCAGCGGCAACAGCUUCGUACUUACAAGGGCAUAUUUUGGAUAGCAGUUCCGUGAAAGAACAUGUAACUACGUUCACAGAGGAACAACGUUCAGAAAGUGUAGAAAUUUUGCAGAAUUGGUUAAAGCCCAAAGAACAAUCUACUACCGACAAAUCAAAACUUGGCGUUCAGGCAACACCUGACCAAAUAUGGGAGUUCAUAUUCUGCCUCGAGCCGGAAGCUGUAACCACUUGCUUCGCUAGAAUUGAGCCGUUAUUGCGAGAGAAGCGGUACCAACAGGUGAUCGACAGCUGCACCGCCAUUUUAAAGCAGUACCCACAAGACACGCCACCAAUACUUUUGCAAAGAGCGCUUGCCCGUACGUUGCUUGGGGGAAGGGAAAAGGAAGCGAUUUCUGAUUACCUGCGAGCUUACUUGAAGGACAAAGACAUUACCAUGCAGGUGGUUAGAAACAAGCAGGGUGACCACCUGGACAGCAUAAAGGAACUAAUGCAAAACUGUGUAUUUUCCAAGCCAACAUCAGCCGCAGAAACGAAAGCACAUAAACAAUGGCUCGCGCUCACUGUAGAUUGUUGUCGAUUUUUACUCACGUUUGAUCCAAACGAUUUUCGGCUGCAAAUGACAUUCACGGAACGGCUGAAAGCAAUGCACAAAAUCGACCGUGCUUUAGCAAUGCUGACGGAAACGAUUGAAGUGCUGCACUUAGACCUGAAACCGGAUCCGGCGAAACUCACAGAAGCCUUACUUCGACGCAGUGAAUGCCAAAUCGUGAAACAGCAAGUUGACCAAGCCAUAAGCGACAUAACUGCUGGCCUAAAUGCUGCAUCUGAUAUAGCCCUCUCCCAAAAAGGGCCAGACAGUUCUACAUCUAGUAAUGAAAUUGAUGUAAUAUAUUCCGAAAAGGAAAAAACGUUAUCUAUUGCCAAAGACAUUUUUGGUAGCAAAACUAACGAUAUAUUAGAACUGUAUAUGCUUUUGGACAAAAGUGCAUCAAAACUUUCUGCGGAGGACAGAUUUAAAACUGUAACAAAAAUGGACAACAUUCGAAAUUCGGCAGAUUUGUACCGAGCUAUGUUGGUACUACAGCCCAGCAGCAAAGACGCUCAGUUCAAACUGGCAUCGUGCUAUGCUAAGUUGGGAAAAAAUAAACUGGCUGUAAAGAUAUAUGACAAGCUACUAGAGGACACUCACUUCUCACAGGACACUGCAAUUCUAACAGCCAGGGCACUCUGCUACCGCGAACUAGGAAACAAAGCAGAGGCGCAGAAAGAUUACGACGCAUUGUUACGCAACAAUCCCCGUGACGUAUGUCUACUGUGUGAACGUGCGAUGAUGUACAUGGAAGACGGCAAUAAUAUUGCCCUUGUACAAGAUUUAAUGGCUGCUUGCAAGAUUAACCAGAAGCUUGUUGUUACGCAAAUGAGCAAGGAGCCUUUGGUACAGAGAACACGAACCCGACAGAUUCUAUUUGACCAUGCCAAAAGUUUAUUACAGGAUGCACCUUUACCACAAGAUAAAGCUCCGCGGACGGAUGACAUUUCGCUUGAGGAAGUGAUAAUUAAACAAAAGGACAGCUCACUCGCUGUAGCACUAAGUUUAUCUCAACUGCUAACAAAGCUAAAUCCAGCUGAUCAGUCUGCCCACAUCCUUAUGGCGCACGCCAUGUUUCAUGCAGGCUGUACCAACGAUGCGGAAACAAAGCUGAAGAAAAUGCUCCAAGAUCACCCACAAGCAUUGGACCUCCAUGUUAUAAAGUUACAUCUUGGACUCAUGAAGAUUUUUACUAAACGAAUCGAUGAAGGAAUGUCUGCACUUAUCGAGGUCUUGUCAACAAAAGGCGAACGCGUCGUAUCUUCCCUGCUGAGAGACAUCCCGAUCAGUGAGCGUGCAAGUCUCUCUGAUGAGUCACAUCAUUAUGGAAUAGAUAGUUUGCACAAAGAAAGGGAUCCUGCGACUGUACGGCGGGCGGUCGAAUGCUUUACGCUCGCAAUACUUUGCUGUCGUGGGACGGAUCUUGUGCUUGAAGAGAAUUCGACUUCGCUUUGGCUUUUGCUGACGGAUGCCAAAUGCCUGGUUGGAAUUCACCGGAAAUCGGACAAAAUGUCCAAUUCGGCUUGGUCCUUAGCUUCUUCGCUCUCCUACAACUCCUUUGUUAUUCCUCCACUCAAAUUCCGGUUUGAGCCUAGCGAAAUAUUCCACCGGCAAAAGAUAAAGCGCAGAAGGUUAAAUGGCGGAACUGGAGUUUAUCGUUCUUACAUUGCAAGAGCGGAGUGCAUGGCUCAUUUAGGUGACCAAAGAGCAGCCGUUCUUGACUUUUCCGCAGCUAUUGAGGUGAAUCCACUAUGCGUCGAAGGACUAUGUGGGAGAGCAUUUAUGAGAUUGGCUCUUGGUGAGGAGUACGAUUGCGUUAAUGAUGUCACUUCUGCCUGCGAACUUGACAUAUACGCCGUUACUGAUCACAUUCUAGGUUUACCGGACGAGGCAAAGAAACUUCUGUUGUUCUGGAUAGAUCACAGAGUAGUUGUUUUGCUGCUGAAUUAUGGAUACAAAUCUGGUUCUACAGACAGACUCAACACCGGGGGCUCUGCUUCGACAGUAAGCAUGCUUGAUGAAACUUUGAAUAAACCGGGUGAAGAUGUUUCACGAACUUCGUCUCUCUCAUCAAUACAUUUACCUUCCCCUCUUCCGAACGACGGUAGUCAAUCACUGGCUCCUCCUACCGACAGAAACGUUGAUGACAUUACACCUACAAAUAUUGCGUCGAAUAGCGCAGAUAACCAGCAAGAUACGGAUGAUUCCCUAGAAGUCAGCGAUCCACUAAAUCCCAAUAAGAAAAGACUACACAAAUCAGCUGCAAGUAAAAGAGAUUUAAAAGAGGCGUUGAUAGCAUUAGAAAACACAUAUGUCCACGAUCAGGAAGGAGAAAACAAUCCUGUAAUGUCACGUCACACUAGCCGUGGGUCCACCGCCACCACAGCGACUUCGGUGUCAACAUACGAUGAUAUCAUUAGUGGCAUGGAAAAGGCUGAGAUCCUUCAAAAGUCAAUGGGACUAGGAAAACUUCUUAUAACCGUUGACAAUUCAAACCCGACAUGGCACGGAAUGUAUGCCGAUAUUUUGAUAGUUAAAGGCGAAUUUGACGAAGCAUUACGUCAUCUGCAACUCGUUAUGGACUUGUCACCAAAUGACGUCACAGCAGUGGCGCGUGCUGGCCUGAUCAACGUUAAAAUGAACCGGUUUCAGAUGGCAUCAGCGUUAUUAAGCUCCUUGGCAGAUGUCGAUAAAAAUGGUUUACUCUAUGUUUUGAAAGCCAUUGACUCAAGUCGCCGACGUAAAUUGGCGGAGGAAACGAUAAAACAGGCAGAAGCUUUGAUAUCUGUUGACAAGUACGCAGAGGCUCGUAGUUACUACAGCUUGAGUCUUUUAACUGAUCCAUCGUCCAAGAUAGACAAGUUGCGGAGGCGUUCUAGGUGUCUUUUAAAAAUGGGAGAAAAUAGCAAGGCCAUUGCGGAUAUUUCUGAAGUUAUAAAAGAGACCGCUACCAGACCUCAAGUUAACGAUUACUGCGUAAGGGGUAACCUACAUCUUGUAACUGGAAAGGAAUUUCUUGCGUGUAAAGAUUUCAUGCAAGCAAUAGAAUUAGAAAGACACCAAGCCAUAUCCCUUAUCCAUGUAAAGCCUGGACGAACGGUGCUGUGCUCGAUAUUUUACCAGCAAGCGGUGGAGGCGUUCAGUAAACAUGAUUACCAGGGGUGUCACGACAUUUGCGAGAUGGGUUUAGUAAUUGACGGCGACGACAUCGAAAUGAGAAAGCUUAGAGCUCGAGCUAAACGCGAAAUCAGCAAAUGCAUUGUACAAUGAAGUUCAGCCUUGCAGUUUAGUUAAACAGUUACAGGCCAUCUUUUCAAGAAAUAACACCUAUUUUAGUAAUAUUUGUUCCAUUUGUAUGAAAUUCGAUUCCUUUUAUAUAUAAGCAUAGUCGUGAUGUUAUAUGUAUAUCCUGCUUCUGUACAGUGUGUAAAUCAUAUGCUUUCUAUAUUGUAUUUUAAAACAUACUACAAACAAA